CGAAAGUGUCUCCGCACUUCAGUUGCGAUUCUAUUCUUGGUGACUUGAGCACAACGUAAGCCAAUGCAUUCGUGGCGUUUCCUCCAAGUUUUUGACCACAGCCUGCUCCGUUUAAUGGGUACUUUGUUCAAUUCCGUCUGGGAAUAGCGACUUCGGUGAGCUUGUACAAUUCAAAUUCAAGGUUCUAGUGCUUGAUUUGAGCUCGUGGACGUUCGGUAACCGUCUACAGAAGCUGUGUGGAGAGAGGAGUACUGAGCAUUACGGCAGUUGAAGUGCGAGGUCAAGUGUGCUCCGAGGUCACUAGUCGUGUUGGAGAGUAAGUUUUGUUCAUAUUGUGAAGAGUUGGAUCCGUUCGCCAUGGAGGAAAACAAAGAAGACGGAGAUGAUAGUAAGCGCAAGGGUUUGCGGCUCACGCUGGUGCGCAAUGCUCGUCACACGGAUUCAUGCCUCGUGCUGCUGAAAGGUGAUGAUGAGAGUGGAAACCUCUUGAAGCAGAUAAGACAGGCCGCGGCCAACAAAAUGCGAAUUCGCCCUUUCAAAGUGAGGAUUUUUGACAAAAGCGGCAAAGAGCUUUUAACUGAAGAAGAUGCAAGCACUAGCGUUGUAAAUCGUGCUACCCUCUUUGUUUCGUCGGGAGAGCCUUGCGUUAUCAAAAACGCGCCCGCCACAGGUACCAGGAAAACGGCCGACGCCAAAUUGGUCGUCAUUGCGAAUGAGAGCCUCGUCGAUGCUACCGCUAUUGAACAACUGAAUUAUGUGGCAAAUUUGCCUGGCGUUGUCCUGGCUGUUGGCCUUCCUGACCUUCAUGCUGGUGCUUCAUGCCCCAUUGGUGCAACAAUUGCUACAAAUGGCCUGAUAUACCCUUCCUUGGUAGGAUCUGACAUUGGAUGCGGUAUGCUCUUGGUUGAGACAUCCCUGACUUCGUCGUCUGCUUGCAAGCCGAGGACACUAGAUCGGUGGGCUGAGUGUAUACAGCUUGAGGAACCAUGGGAUGGUGAUUACUCUUUGAUGCUGGAAAGGGCUGGAGUCGAGCCUACUCAAUUUGACCGUGAGAGUCUUGGGACAGUGGGUCGCGGUAACCAUUUCGCCGAGUUGCAGGUCGUGGAGCGAAUAGAAAAUGAAGAAGCAGCAGCAACUUUUGGCUUGACAGAAAAGAAGGUGUACAUUUGCGUGCACUCAGGAUCACGUGGAUAUGGUGAAUCGAUUCUAAGCAUGUAUUCGAAGCAACAUGGUGGUGCCGGCACAGAUCUGGAAACUGAAGAAGCACAGAGCUACUUGCAAGCUCACGACAACGCUUGCAAAUGGGCAAAGAUCAACCGCCGCAUUAUCGCCACGAGGCUCGUCGAUCAGUUGAACGGAGAGUGUACUCGGUUCCUCCUGGACAUUACGCACAACAACGUCGUCAAAACCUCCGAGGAUCAAAACCUCACGGACGCGGGAGUGAGCGAGCCAGUAGAGGGCGAGAUCUACCUCCACCGGAAAGGAGCUGCCCCAACCGACCAAGGUGCAGUGAUGAUUCCCGGUUCACGAGGAGCGUUGAGCUACCUCGUUCUUCCCAACGCUCCGAAGCAAGCAGCGAGAAGCGGGUGGUCGCUAGCGCAUGGAGCAGGCCGUCGUUUGGCACGCAACGCAGCUCGAGUGGGGGGUAAAGCUCAAUACCCGGAUGCGAAACAGCUGCUGGUAACAGAGCUGCAGUCGCGCGUGGUGUGCGACGACAAGGGAUUGCUGUACGAGGAGCGACCCGAGGCAUACAAGGACGCGGCGUGCGUCGUUGCCGACCUCGUGGGCGAUGGCUUGUGCCGCCUGGUGGCUGUGAUGAAGCCCAUUCUGACGUACAAAAUGCGAGAAAUCUUCGACCACAGGAAGUAGCAAACCUAGCAAAGAUCGCUAAUCCCUUAUCUCAUUUGACUAAUGUGAACAGGUAGAGUGGUUUGUUUUUAUGGCCACAUGUCAAGAAUCAUAAAUCACUAUGCCUACAAAUAUCCUACUAAGCAAAACAAAAUUUUAAAAGGUUAUUUUGUUUUUCAAGUGCCUCCACAUUUAUAUAGAUUAAGGACUUCUUUGAUCUUUGUCUUUAUAUCAAGAUCUGUUUUUAUUUUAUUAAUAAGUUUCAAAUCUGAAUCUAAUUAUGCUCUUUCAUUA